AGUUGUCUAAGUAUUACUAUACUAGUAUACUCUGUGUUGUGUACUGACUGAUACUUACUGUAUUAGUUUCACACGUUAUAUUGAAUUUAAAAUAUUAAAAGCUCAAAAAAUAUCGGUUUAUUGAUUUAAUUUUACUACUUUUUUUUAAAAACAUUUAAUAAUGUAAAGCUUGCAAUUUAAAGCCAUAGGCGUACUUAGAAGAUAAACAAAUACCGGAAAAAGUGUAGUUAAUAAAAUGCUUGCUUAAGUCGAAAUUUGUAAAAACAAAACAAAAAUAUGUUUCCUACUAAUCAUAAAACCAUAUUUGUAUUAGACCACACUCCAUACUUUGGUAUAUCAUCGGACAAUCCAAUUGAUUUCGAUGUUUCUAAAAGCCGGGGUCCUGGAUAUGUACCAUUACCACCAGUUUGUAAAUCCUUAUGGACUUGUAGUGUUGAAGCUGCAGUGGAGUAUUGUCGUAUUGUUUGGGAUUUAUUUCCUGAAGGAAAACUGGUGAGAUUUAUUGUAAGUGACUCAUCAGCGCAUAUAUUAAAUACAUGGGCAUUAACACAACAAAAUCUGACUCAUAUUCUUAAUGGAUUGUGUCUUGUGGGUCCCGUACGCCGUGGCGCUGGUGGUGAUGUUGUGGGAUUGUGUGCAGCUAUUGAAGCUUUAGCUGAACCUUCCCCCACGCAAUCUGCUCGUCCUCCCUCGGAAAGGCAUUUUCAGAAUCGUGGCAGAAUAAUAUGCAUAACAAGUGCAAGAGACGAUGAUUCGAUCAGAAGCCUAGCAGAAAUAGCUCUUAAUACUUUAAUUCAACAAAAUAAAAAAGCUGCAACACCACAACCCCCAACAACAACUGACGCAUCAACAAGCACACAAAAUCUUGUAGUACACUACUGCCACUUAAUAAUAAUAAAUGUUACACCAGAGAAAGCAGACACAAGGGUUAAUAAUCAACAAGUGACAGAGAUGGGAGGAGGCCUAAUGAGUGUAGAAGUUAUAGUGUGUCGAGCAAGCGCCUUAGCCAGUUUAUUAGGUCGACUGGUUCUGCCACAUUAUAGGCUAGCUAUAACAACUGUUACGGGUAUACCUAUGAAGGAAGAGCAAAACGCAAGUUCGAGUGCAAAUUAUGACGUAGAAAUCAUACAUUCUGCUGAAGCCCAUGCUGGAUUAAGAGCGACACAGACAGCGCAAGAAGCAACUGAAUCAGUGGUGCUGCGCUGGUGGACGCCGCGCGGCGCGGAGGGCGGCGCGGGCGGCUGCGGCGGGCCGCUGUGGCGCGUGUCGCCCGCCGACGUGGCCUCGCGCCCCUCCGCCUGCCUCGUCAACUUCCUGCUCAACGGCCGCUCCGUCACGCUCGAGGUGCCCAGGAAAGGCGGCGGGCGGUCGGCAUCGCACGUGCUGGCGGCACAGGGCGGCGAGCUGUGGAUCGGCGCGCUGGGCGGCCGCACGCCCUACGACGACCCGCCCGCGCUCUCCGAGGGCGCCGGCGGCCGCGUCACGGACUAUAGAAUCAAAGAGUUCGGCGCGUUGAUGCAACAGAACAAGCUGCACCCGCUGCGCGGCGCGGGCGCGAACGCCCGCUCCCGCGCGCGCCUGCAGCGACACACGACGUACUGGCCGCUGACGAUUUCGUCUACGCUCAUAUUUAACUUGGGAUCAGUAAUGGAACCAUUAACGCGACUAGUGGUACAAGAGUCGCUAACGGAAGACGAAGUCGACUCAUGCCGCGGGGUAUUGCUGUCUCUACUUGGUAUGGAAUCACGUCAUGAAUUCCCAGCUGCACAGCUACCUUCUAAUUUACGGGGCAAGUCGCCGGGGCGGCGCGAGGAGCAGUGGCGCCAGGUGUGGGGCGAGCUGGAGGCGCUCGUGCGCGCGCACGCCGCCUCGCCCGCGCACCGCGCGCUGCUGCGCACGCUGCUCGAGUGCCGCUCGCACAACCACGGCGCCGAAGACUCAUCACGAGCGACAGUCAUAAGGGCUACGACAGAUUCGCCUCUGUCGCCAGUAGGUUCUGGCAACGGCAACGGUAACGGCGAUGUGUGGGCUCCGCGGAACGUGCUUGACGCAUUGCUCGGGGCCCCGCGACCGCCGAGACGACCGGACUUCGCAGGACGGAUGUCCGCCGGCAACCGGGUAGCCACGCUGUACUCGCAUUUACAACAAGAUGUGGAAACACCACAUUGAUUUAGAAUGAAGUUAUCAGACUAUGCCAUGUAUACUGAAGUUCCAUGAAUGUACGAUUUUGUUAUUGAGUAAAGUUGAUAAUAUUAUGUACACAUUAUUGACUAUGUGCGUGUAAUAGACACAUCUUUUUGAGAUGUUAUAUGAAUGAAACUUGAAUAUUUUUAAACAAGAAUAAAAUAAUUUUAUUAAAUUGCAA